AUGGACUGGAUGGGCAAACUUGUCCAGGCCAAGAACCAAUUCGUGGAUCUGGCCAGCGAAGCGAUCGCCGAGAUCGGUAAUGAUGGGGAAGCAAUCGACGCCACGACCUCGGCCGAACCCACAGCUACCAAUUAUCAAGAAGAGAUAGUCAUGUUGAAGGCCCAACUGAGGGAAUUGGCAGCGGACAUGCAGACGCUAGAGGGCGAACACCAAGAAGUUUUACAGAAAAAAGAGCAGGAGAUGGCUGAUUUGGCCGCCAGAGAGCAAAGAAGCCGUCAGCUUGCGGCUGAGCAGGCUUUGAAGGUGGCCGAGUUGACGGAGGAGGUUCGUCUAGUCGAAAACUUUGUACGACCAAGCGAGGUGACCCCCUUCAUCCAGCGAUUGAUCACCGAAAUCGAGCCUUCCGAAAAUAAUCACGGCCGCCGCAUCAAAAUUUUGGAGGCCCUCGAGGACUUCAGAGCCCAACAAGCGAAUCUUGAUGAUGGGGAGCAAUAUCUCCUCGAGAUUCUAUCGAAAUUGUUUGAAGUGGUGUCGGUUAGUUCUUCUCCAUCUCAGAGCCAACACGAUCCAUGGGAAAAAAUUAAUGCAGAGACUGAACCGUCUUCAGGGGAGCCUACCGCUGUACCGUCCUCGGCCAGCAACUCAAAUACACAGACAGCCGUGAUGGCCCACCACAUCGUGAUGCCCGUCGCUUUGUCUGUGACCUCAGCAACGACAUCAUCUUGGCGUGAUGCUGAUGUGAUGGAUGCACCCGCCGAAAAAGAAACGCUCAACGAAUUGACCGAUGCUAAAACCAAGAUUGAGCAACUGGUCGCCGAGAAUGCUCAGUUGUCGCUCGAGUUUUCAAGCAAUCAGCAGAAAUUGAAUGAACUGCUAUUGGCUCACGAAUCUCAGAAGAAGGAGGCAGAAAUGUUGCUGUCCAUGCUUCGUGACGCGGAGGCUGAGAUCGAGGGAUUCAAGAAUCGCAUCGAAGAGCUUGGCACCACUGAACGCCAGAAUCUCCAAAAACUGCAAGAGUCUCUUACGACAAUGUCGAUCCUGGAAGCGGAGCAUCAAGGGCUACGCGAAGAACACGAAGAGGCUAAGAACAAGAUCGCAGAAUUGGUUUUGGAUAGCUCACACUCCCAGGAGACAAUAAUUGGAUGCGAUGCACAAGCUAAUCAGAUUGCUGAAUUGGAGGUACAAUACGCA